AGCUGUAGCUUAACGUGAUCCUCUCUUCUCAUCAUCAUUUCAUUGAUGUUCUCUUGUUUUUCUCUGCUAAAUUAAAUUACUCUUCUGUCGAUGUCACAGCACACAUCCAGUGUUUGGAUGCUACCAAGGUGCACAAAGGGUAGAGGGAACAGAAAAGAACUUUUAAGCUGUCAGUGCACCUCUCUGGAAUCCAGACACUUUGGAUUGGUUUAUUUGCUGUUGAGAGAUUAGUGAACACUGGAGGAAUCUUUCUUGUAGUGGAUGACUCAUUUAGUUUAUUUUCCCCCCUCGAGAGUACUGGAUGUAGAUUUUUCUUUCCUUUUCUUCCACCUGCGUGUUUCACCUAUCAAAUAUGCUGUAGAAUCUCUUUGGACUUUUAUGGCGUGUGAAAUUUUUGCAGUAAGUGUGAAGUUUGGAGGAGCCAAGUGAGACAAAGCAUGGCUAAGUGUUGAACCCUUCUGUCCUAGGAGGCAGUCCAGAUAUGACCACAGUGUCCAUGGAGCCUGUGGGAGUCCUCGUGGAGAGGGGCGCCAAUGCCACCGACCCCCCUCUAAGCUCACAUGAGGACACAGCCGCCACUUUUACGAUCGGCACCAUCCUUUCCAUCAUGUGCCUCGUCGGAGUCUCAGGGAACAUCUACACCCUGGUGGUCAUGUGCCACUCCAUGAGGACUGCAGCUUCUAUGUACAUCUACAUCAUAAACUUAGCUUUGGCAGAUCUGCUGUAUCUUCUCACCAUACCCUUUGUAGUCUGCACGCACUUCCUAAAGGGGUGGUACUUUGGGGACGCAGGGUGUCGGAUUCUGAUCAGCAUGGACUUCCUGACCAUGCAUGCCAGUAUCUUCACGCUGACAAUCAUGAGCACGGAGCGUUAUUUUGCUGUGCUCAAGCCACUCGACACAGUCAAACGGUCUAAAAGUUACCGGAAGGCCAUUGCACUGCUGGUCUGGGCCGCAUCUCUCAUACUCACCCUACCAAUGAUCGUGAGCAUUCAGCUAAUGACAGUGGGCAAGAAGGCCAUGUGUCAGCCCACACUGUCACCACUGUCCUACAAGAUUUACAUCUCCUUCCUGUUUUGCACUAGCAUUGUUGCUCCUGGACUGAUCAUUGGCUAUCUCUAUAUCCAGCUUGCACGCACUUAUUGGGUUUCGCAGACGGAGACCUUCAAACAGACCAAGAAACUUCCCAAUCAAAAGGUGCUGUACCUGAUCUUCACCAUCGUGCUCCUCUUCUGGGCAUGCUUCCUGCCCUUCUGGAUCUGGCAGCUGCUGGGUCAGUUCCACCCCUCACUGCCCCUAUCCACCAAAGCCAAACGCAACAUCAACUACCUGACCACGUGUCUGACGUAUUCUAACAGCUGCAUCAACCCUUUUCUGUACACACUGCUCAGCAAGAACUACAAGGAGUACCUGAGGAAGCACAAGCGGUCCUGGAGUGCUGGCAGCUACUUCAACAGGAGUCGUCGCUUUCAGCGUUCGCCACGCAGGUCGCCAUCUUCCAGCAGUCAGCAGUGUUCUGAGAGCUUUAUGCUCACACACACAGCCUCUCUGCGAGCACAUAACAGCAGUUUGUAAGAGUUUGGUGAGGCUUCCUGUUACAACAACAGUGCAUGACAGCUACUCAAGGACAAAAUUGGAAAACGUUAGAAGUUUAUCUCAGCUACACGAGACAGUCCCAGUGCCCAGGGCGGACAAUGAAGUGUUUCCAGAAGUGAGUCAGGUGGACAUUUGUGGCCACAAGUAAACACACAAGAUGAGUGACAGACCUCAGCCCGUCUGCCUCCAGUCAAACACAUGCACAUACUCGCAGUCUGAAGCAAUGAGCACCUGGCAGGUGCAGGUUACUCCCAGUGGUGUUUAUCAAACUAUUUGCAUGUCCUGGAGGAUUCCUCAAUCCAUCACAGCGGGAGAGUCUGGCCUCCGCUGAGCUCCGGAAGGACGUCUGCAUGUCACCACAUAAUUGGAUCCUUCAAAUAAAAAAGUUAAUCCU